AUGCCUGCCACGGAGAUUGAAGAGGCUUCCAUGGACAUGCUAAAGACAGACCUCACUACUCCAGACAUCCUUCAAGAGGUAGAAAUAGCUAAAAAGCUCAAAGGAAAAUAUCUCAGACUCAUCUCCGCUGAGUCUCCUGCUAAGCUUUACUGCUGCUAUGCAGUGAUCGCGGUCCUCAUUGUAGCUGUCAUUGUACUUUCUGUUGCUCUGUCAUUGUCAGGGACAAAGGAACACUCAGCCAAUAAGAGCCCUGAAUCUGGCUAUGGCACCUGCCCAAGAGGCUGGAUUGGAUAUGGAAGUAAAUGUUUUUAUUAUUCUGAAGACAUGAGAAACUGGACAUUCAGCCAUGCCUCCUGCAAGGAACAAGAAGCCCUUCUAGCUCUAUUUGACAGCAUGGAGGAGCUGGAUUUCCUGAAUAGACACAAGGGAGAUUUUGACCACUGGAUUGGCCUGCACAGAGAGUCACCACAGCACCUUUGGAUGUGGACAAACAACACUGAAUACAACAACCUGGUUCCAAUCCGAGGAGAAGGACCAUAUGCCUACCUGAGCAACAAUGGGAUCAGCAGUGGCAGGGGCUAUGUGAAUAGGAAGUGGAUUUGUAGCAAGCUACAGCUAGCCUUUACAAAAAACAAUGGUUUUAAAACCUGCAUAAGGGAUGUACCACAGCUUGCCUGAGAAAGAGAUGCUCUGCGACCUGUUAUCUACAGUUGCUACUCCACUCCCGAUCUGCUAAAACCAUUAUCAAAAGCCAAUGAUAACAUGUGUUGACUAUAAAUAUAAAAUCUCAGAGGAUUAUACAUAAGGAUUCUUGGGAAAACAUGGAUUCUAAAUUAAGUAGAUAUUUGAGUAAAAACCUAAAGUAUAACAUAUCUGUAUUAGUGAGCUCCACUUUUAUGACCAGAUAUGAAAAGCAUUUCUUUGUUCCUUGUUUUAAAUACAGGGAACCUAAAAAUGUGGGGAGAUUGAAUCCAUGGAAAUGAUUUUUUACAAAUUCAAUAACCAACCCAAAAGAAGUGAUAUCUAGACAGUAUUAAAGCCAAUACUGUCUACUCUGUGAUUAAUACAUCAUGAACAUUAUGAAAAUGUUUUUACACUUAUUCUUCAAUGUUCCUAUUUUAAUUUCAGUGACCUAAGAGCAUGAUCAAAGACAAUGCCAUUUUACUUAUUUCAACUUUUUUGAGACUUUCAUACAUGAAUAUGGCAUUCAAACUUUAUUCUUUAUUAGGUUCAUUUCAAACCAGGCUAGUUUGAAUUGAACCUACUAAAAGACUAAGGUGGUUAAUUACUGAAUCUCUUUAAAAGCAUUUGGUGCCUAAUUUUGUAAUCAUUUACAUACACUUGAGUUUUAAGAACAAAGUAAUUUAAUUUUUUGAUCAUGUGCUAUACUGUACUGAUGAGUCCUAAAAAGGACGAAAUAACAGAUCAAAAGCCUGUCUUCAGUCAUUUCUGUCUUCCUACUUUACUGAUAUAUGUACUAAGCCUGGUGACUUGAGUUCAACCUGGACCCACUUUGUAGAAGGAGAAAAGCAACCCCAGCAAGUUGUCCUGUGAUGCUCUCACAAUGUACCUACACACACAUAUACACAAAAAUAAACAAAAAAUGUUAAGUUUGUCUUUUAUAGAGACUGUGCCUGUUAUGUUUGUUUUGUUAUUGUGCUGCUGCUGUUAUUUGCUUUUUUGUUUGUUUGUUUGGUUUGUUUUGUUUUUGAGACAGGAUCUUAUUAAGUAGUUCUGGUUGUCCUGGCAGUCACUAUAUAGACCACACUGGCCAUGAACUCACAGAGGUCUGCCUGCCUUUGACUCCUAAGUGCUAGGAUUCAAGACAUGGCUCACCGUAUCUGGCAAUGACUAUGCCUGUUUUGAGUCUAUAUUUUUAUUAUUAGAUAAAUACAAGCAUAUCUCAUUCAGGAAAAUACAUUUCUCAAUGCUCUGGUCCUACUUCAUUUAGCCUUUUUUUUUUCCUUUGUUUCAAAUAAACUAACAAAAAAGUUCUAUUGUUACUCACUUUUGUAUUUCUAGAUACUAGCAUAGUGUGUCAACACAGAAGUGUUCAAAUCAUAUUCAUACGGGAGGUAGGGUCUCAGGACUGUGGUUGUAAGAUUUCACUGUUGGGUUGUAUUCAGCUACGUUCUUCAUUCAUAAACCUUUUCUUCAAUAAACCUUUCUACAAAUGGUUUUA